AUGAGUAGAGCGUGGUCGCCAAAGGAAGUUAAUAUUCUUGUUAGUUUUGAUAACGGAGAAUGUGGGAGAAGGAUGAAAGCAUUCUAUUUGAGUCAUAAAACCGCAAAACAAUGUGCUGAUAAAUUGAAAGACAUUCGGGGAUAUGUCGAUAGACCAUUCACUCCUUUUGAGUGUGAUAUGAUUCGACAGUUGUAUCGGAAACAUGGGCCUCGAUGGAGAAGAAUGUCCGCAAUCCUCCACCGCUCUCCUCAAAUGAUAAUGGAGUGUUGGUUCGCUAUGGACGAAGAGGCUAAAAGAAUACGCAAAAAAAUGGCUGUCCAAAGGCUUCUUUCUUAA